GGGCCGUGCUGACAAAAUGGCAGCGUUCCUGCAGUGGAGGAAAUUUGUCUUCUUCGAUAAAGACACGGUGAAGGAUCCCGUGGACAAUGGCAAGAACUUCGUCCUUCCGAGCGGCAUCUCGGCUUGUGACUCCGGCCGGGGCCACAUUGUUCUCGGAGAUAUGGACGGCCAGAUCUCACUGCUGACACGAUCCCUGCAGUUAACCUCCUUUCAGGCCUACAAGCUGCGGGUGACACAUCUCUAUCAACUCAAGCAGCACAGCAUCCUUGUAUCAGUGGGGCAAGAUGAACAUGGAAUCAACCCCCUAGUGAAGGUUUGGAAUCUGGACAAGCGAGACAGCGGGAAUCCCCUGUGCACCAGGAUUUUUCCUGCCAUUCCAGGAAACAAACCUACGGAAGUGUCCUGCCUCAGUGUGCAUGAGAAUCUGAACUUCAUGGCCAUUGGCUUCACAGAUGGCAGUGUGGUGUUGACCAAGGGUGACAUCACCAGAGACAGGCACAGCAAAACUCUGACCCUGCAUGAGGGCACCUGCCCAGUUACAGGCCUUGCCUUCCGCCAGAUGGGCAAGGUCACACAUCUAUUUGUUGCGACUCUAGAGAAAGUCCAUUGCUACACCUUGUCAAUAAAGGAGUACCCUAAAGUAGAGCUGGAUACCCACGGUUGUGCGCUGCGCUGCUCCGCCCUUGCUGAUCCCUCCCAGGAUUCUCAGUUCAUUGUUGCUGGUGAUGAAUGUGUGUACCUGUACCAGCCUGAUGAACGAGGGCCCUGCUUCGCUUUCGAUGGACCCAAGCUGCUGGCCCACUGGCACAGAGGCUACCUGCUGUUACUCAUUAUGGACACAAAGUCACCCAACAAGACCGGGUUCAGCAGCAGAGAGUCCUCCCCUUCAGAAAAACACAUCCUGACCAUCUAUGAUUUGGACAACAAGUUCAUUGCCUACAGUGCUGCUUUUGAUGAUGUCAUCGAUGUGCUGGCGGAGUGGGGCUCCUUCUACAUUCUGACUAGAGAUGGCAAGAUGUUUGUUCUCCAGGAGAAAGACACCCAGACGAAACUAGAGAUGCUUUUUAAGAAGAACCUGUUUGUGAUGGCCAUAAAUCUGGCUAAGAGCCAACACCUGGAUAGUGACGGACUGUCAGAGAUCUUCAGGCAGUACGGUGACCACCUCUACCUCAAGGGAGAUCAUGAUGGCGCCAUCCAGCAGUAUAUUCGCACCAUAGGAAAGCUGGAGCCCUCCUAUGUGAUCAGGAAAUUCUUGGACGCCCAGAGGAUCCACAACCUGACGGCGUACCUGCAAGCUCUGCACAGGCAGUCGCUGGCCAAUGCAGACCACACCACACUGCUGCUCAACUGUUACACCAAGCUGAAAGACAGCUCCAAACUGGAGGAGUUCAUAAAGAGCAGCGAGGGUGAGGUCCACUUUGACGUAGAGAUUGCAAUCAAGGUCCUGCGCCAGGCUGGAUACCACAGCCACGCUGUUUUCCUGGCUGAGAAACACAUGCACCAUGAGUGGUACCUGAAGAUCCAGCUUGAAGACCUCAAGAACUACCAGGAAGCUCUCCGCUACAUUGGACGGCUUCCUUUCGAACAGGCUGAGAGCAACAUGAAGCGUUACGGCAAGACUCUGAUGCACCACGUCCCUGAGGGCACGACUCUGCUUCUGAAGGGCUUGUGCACCAACUAUCAGCCUAACAGAGACUCCACCGACAGAGACAGCCUCGAAAGAGGUCUUACAAACAAGGCCAACUCUGAGGAGUUCAUCCCUAUAUUUGCCAACAACCCCCGAGAGCUAAAGGCAUUCCUGGAGCACAUGAUCGAGGUGGAUCCCAUCUCUCCUCAGGGUGUUUACGACACACUGCUGGAACUUCGGCUGCAGGACUGGGCACAUGAGCAGAACCCUGAGAGAAAGAAGGUCCUGCAGGGGGCAGCGCUGUCGCUGUUGAGGAGCGAUAACACGGUCUUCGAUAAGGCCCUAGUUCUCUGCCAGAUGCACAACUUCAAAGAGGGGGUCCUCUAUCUCUAUGAGAAGGGCAAACUGUACCAGCAGAUUAUGCACUACCACAUGCAGAACGAGGAGUAUGGCAAAGUGGUGGAGGCCUGUAAGCGCUACGGAGACCAGGAGGUGUGUCUCUGGGAGCAGGCUCUGGGGUACUUCGCCAGGAAAGAAGAGGACUGCAAGGCUUAUAUCAGCCAAGUCCUGCAGCACAUUGACCAGAACAACCUGAUGCCUCCUUUACUUGUGGUGCAGACUCUGGCACACAACUCGACGGCUACGCUGUCUGUCAUCAAGGACUACCUAAUCAACAAGCUGCAGAGGGAGAGCCAGCAGAUCGAGGACGAUGAGCGCAAGAUCCGCCAGUACCGUGAAGAAACAGCCCACCUCCGUGCCGAGAUCCAGGAGCUCAGGAGCAAUGCCAAGAUUUUCCAGAAGACCAAGUGUAAUAUGUGCAACAGCCCCCUCGAGCUGCCCUCCGUCCAUUUCCUGUGCAGUCACUCGUUCCACCAGCACUGUUUCGAGAGCUACGCCGAGAGUGAGGCGGAGUGUCCCACCUGUACCCCGGAGAACCGCAAAGUUAUGGAUAUGCUGCGUGCCCAGGACCAGAAACGUGACCUGCACGACCACUUUACCAGACAGUUACGCAGCUCCAAUGACGGGUUCUCAGUGGUGGCUGAUUACUUUGGUCGAGGAGUGUUCAACAAGCUGACUCUGGUCACAGACCCCCCGGGGAGCAAGAAUGUCGGGAGUCUUGAAUCAGACCUCCAGAGAGACCUUCUCAUCCACACCAAGAGAAACAGCUAGAAACUCUGGUUGUACACGGAGUAUGGUCAGAAUCCUCACUGGCCAGCUGUUUUGUUUAGCUUCACCCAGUUGAGUUAGCUUUGGCUGUGAGGUUUUCGGCACAGGACGUCACCUUAUUCAGCAGAGAACACAGUUGCUUGCUGCAGAACCUGUGAUGGACUUGGUCACACAGUUUCCUGUAAUGUUCCUGUUGCAAGCACAGGGUCAUUUGGGGCUUGUGUGAAAUGUACUUAGUAUUGACAUGUAUAUUAUGUCCACGAGCCUGGAAAGAAAUCCAGCCUUUUAAGAAGUUUUGGUUCAGCGUGUUUGACUUCAUACUGCUCUGAUUCCUCUGUGCUCUCGUCAUGUAAUACACCUGCAUUACAAGCCUUUAAAAACUCCAAAGUUAUCACAGUGCAACAAUUACUGUUCACUGCCUGUCAAACUAAUUUGUGGAAUAAAUUUGUCAUAACUUCAAUCUUUCUCUGUUCACGAGUGGCAGAUUUUUGUUAUUGUGAGCAUUGUCUCAA